CUUAAAAUCCGGAUCCCUGUUGUGCUACCCCUUAGUCCUCAGUCGCUGAUUCACCCACCUGCUUCACUUUGUGCUCCUUCUUACUCCACUGUGCUUCAAAAUGAUGUCUGUACCAAAGGUCAUUAUCGACACUGAUGCUGGCAUUGACGAUGCUCUGGCAAUUUUCAUGGCUCUGGCAGCACACAAGAGAGGGGAAAUUGAAGUCAUUGCUGUAACCACAGUACACGGCAACACUGGAGUACACCAUGUUAACAACAAUGUAUUGAGGAUUUUGAAAACUGUCGACUUAAUGGAGAUCCCAGUGUACAGUGGAGCUGCUAAAUCUUUAGUUCACCCCUGGACACACUCCGGGGAAAUGUUUCAUGGCACUGAUGGUUUUGGGGACGCACAUUUACCAGCGAUACCUCCAGCCUCUUCAUUGUUAAAACCACAACAUGCUGUUUGGACACUCCUAGAACUGGUCAACAAGUAUCCCAAUGAGAUAGUAUUAACAGCCCUGGGACCGCUCACCAAUGUGGCUCUUGCCAUUCGACUUGAGCCAGCAUUUACCUCUCGCCUCGCAGCAAUCUAUGCCAUGGGUGGCAACACUAGAGGUUUGGGCAACAUAACAUCAGCAGCAGAGUUCAACUUCAUAUGUGACCCAGAGUCAGCUAAAGUGGUGUUGGAGGAAACCCUUAUACCCAUCUACCUCACACCCUGGGAAACAUGUCUUGAUGGGGUGACAAUACCAUAUUCGUUGCGUAAAAAGUUGGGCGACAUCCAGAAUCCCAUCACUGAACUAAUGAAUAAGAUUGAGGCCAAAAUCCUGAAAAAACAACAUUAUGAAAACUGGAUUACCUGUGACCAGCUUGCAGUAGCCUGGAUGAUCAAUGAUGCAAAAAACCAACAUUCACAGCAAGGUGGUGAAAAAGGGUGUGGUGACGGUGAAGGUCGCCUCGUCAGUACUUCCAAGAGUUGUUUUGCUACUGUUGAACUCAAUGGUAGUUUGACUCGUGGCCAAAUGGCAAUUGACCACCGUGACUUAAUGAACCGCACAUCCAACCUAAUCAUAAUGACUAGCAUUGAUGAACAACUGUACCUGCGAUAUCUGAAGAUGGCAUUUGGUGGGGAGUUUUGAGAUAAAACUUAAGAGAUUAUAAAGAAAAUGCCAUAUACAGUAUAUCAAAGUUUUAUAGAGUUCUUGGUGGUUUUAUCAUUAUAUUUAAAUGCAAUGAUAAUCUUUAAGGACAGAUAAAUAUUUCAUACAAAGACUUUCCUCUGGUCAUCUUAUAAUUAGAGGAAAUUCUUCAUAACAAGUGGAAUAUUCUAAAUGGAAAUGGUAAAUCUUUCUUUAAGGGAAUUAGCCCACCCAGGCACGGGUCAUUUUUAAUGACCCACAUCAAGGACCAGGGGGCAAAAAUAUAAUAAAACAAUAAUAAUAAUAAUAAU